AGGCUGAUCAGUAGUCAGAGGAUUUAGCAACUGCUUAGAUUUAGCAAACGAAUGUUAGUAGCUAGUGAAGCUAGCCGAAUUUGAGGGCACAUCUGUUGCUUGCGUAGAACAUUGUUUAGUAGGGUAGUAAUUUAGCAAUCGGGUGAUACAUAUAACGUUAGCUAAGAUAGCUAGCCUAACGUUGACGUUACAUACUUAGUAACGUUAGCUGGCUAAUUUAGCAUAGCAAUCCACAUCCAUGCAAUGGCAGGAAACGUGAAAGACAAGGAGGCUUUUCAAAGACUGAACUUCCUGUAUCAGGCUGCACACUGUGUUUUGUCUCAAACCUCGGAGAAUGUGGAGUUAGCUCGUUUUUACUGCUUCACUCAGAAGACAAUCGCAAAACGUUUGGUACUGAGACAAGACCCCUCAGUGAAAAGAACAUUAUGUAAGAAGUGCUGCUCUUUGCUGGUCCCAGGAGUAACUGCCACAGCCAGACAGAGAAGGACUAAGCAUAGAAACCGCAUGACUGUGCUGCGAUGUCUUCGCUGUGGGCAGUGCAAGAGGUUCCUAAACAAUCCGGAGCAUCGCCUGUGGGUGGACCAGCCUGAGGCUCAGCUGCAGAACCAAUCACAGCCACGUGAUUUUUACCCUGGAACAACUCCACUACAUUGCAAACAAGGUCCCUCCACUAAAGAGUUGAAGGAGAAAGCAGAUGGACCCAUAUCGCAGAUAUCCUCCACAGGGCCUUCCUCUACCCAGCACCAGGUGCCUCCAUCCAAGCCCAAAACCUGAGCCCUGUGGCCUCAGUAGCCCAUUCACAACUGGACAUAGCUGCUUUGUGUAGCAUUGACACAUAUUUUUUAACUAUAUCAUAAAUGUUUGAAUAUGAUUUAUUUUUUUUUGCCAGUGACAACCUGUUACAUCAGUGGUAUGAUGUAACAUGUUGUCAUUGUAAUGGGAGAGGUUGAGGUUGGUUAAAAAUACAUUUGAUGUUUAGUCUACCUCAACGUGCUCACAGUGUACAGGAAGUUUAGGAACGACAACCAAUGUUAAAUGUCCUUUUCAUAAACAUGUAUUUUUAAUUGAUUUAUUACUUCUGUAAGAACACAGGCGAUAUGAGUUGUAACUUAAUGUACAGAUGUUCUACAGCCCACACCUUUUUUGUCAGUAACUUAAGGAGAGAAUAGGCUGUUGAAUAUAAUGCUCAGUGCAUAAUGAAAUAUCUUCUCCCAAUAGGAACAAAAUUGAGUAGUGUGUUCCUAAUGCACACAUAUGUCCUAUAUUGCCUCAGCUGAGGUGGAUGAUGUCUUUCUUUCACUUUUUCUUUUCAUCUCCGUCCCCCUUUGGCACCUGUACGUGGGUCUUCUGGGAAUACAGCAGAUUCUUUGCAAAAAUCCUGGGGAUGUGACCCAUGUACAGGAGAAGGGCCAGGGUCAUUCCUGAAAAGAGGAUAUCUGUAUUACCAGCUUGAUAAGCAAUUAUGCCUCAUUGUUAUGCAUAAAGCCUGUUUCACACAUUA